GCUUGAUUUUUGUGGUCCAACCAACUCACACUUUCAUGGCUACACAGAUUCCUUAAGGGAAACAGUUUCGAAUCUUCGAUCCCACGCAUCCCACGCGAUCAUUUCUGCGCUGCGUGGACUCGGUGGUUUGGUCUUUUCUCUCCUCGAAUUUUCUUUUAUGUUUUGUCCGCUCGCUGACUGAUCAGAAGUUGAACGAUUACAGAUGAUAUAGAGAAUAAUAUUGGAGUGAUCUAUAAUCAAUUUUCAGCAAACGCCUUUUGGUUGCCGAGGAAGCCGCUCGAGUAAGCUAUAUGGGAUCGAACUUGGGUGUUUAUCCUGACCCUCUCCACCCCCCUUACCUUAAUAAUAUGCACGAGGCGCUUCAAAUUGAAAUUGAAAAGGAGCAGACUAGAGGGGAGGUAAUCUUAUCUGAGAUUGCAAGAAUGCAUAAUCUGAUGACUGCAAUGGAACUGGCUCUGCCAAUAGGUGGUGACAGUUUCCCAUUUGGACUUUCUCAACACACGAAUAACAUUGAUUCACCAUCGGGGACUCGAUUGGAGCACAUGUCUCCAGCGGAAAUAAUUAACAUGGGAGUAGAGGAGAUGAAAAGGCUAUAUAGAAUGUGCGGAAGUGGAGACUUUAAUACGCCAGUGCUUACACCAAACAAGGGGAAUAAAAUCAAAGAAUGCAAUGUUCAGGCUAAACCUGGUGAUGAUGUAUCUAGAGCAAAGAGUGAGGUUUCACUACCUGCCAUUGAUCAAAAGCUUGAUGGGAAGUGUAGUUGUGACCUUUGCCAUGUUAGUAUGCCCAAUGAAAGAUCACUUAAUGAGCAUCUUCGGGGAAAGAAACACAGGCGGAAAUUACAGAUAGAAGAAACCAUAAAUUUAAGCUCUCUUAAGGGGGUGGAAACUUCAAUUGAAUCAGCGCCACUUGUCAAGACUGAAGCAUCCUUGAUGGAAUGGGAUCUGUCUCCAGUGCAGGAGAACCUGAUUGUGGAUCAUUUAAAAGAAGAUAAAUGUGCAGUUCAAGAGUUUGAAUGGAGUUGUGCCCUUUGUCAAUUUACUUCUCCUAAUGAACAAGCUCUGAAUGAGCAUCUGCAGCGAAAGAAACACAAGGUGAUGGAGUCUGCAUUAAGAGUCGAUGGAGAAGGGAAAAACUGUGGCAUGGAGCUUUCUCCUGGGAAAUCUACAAUCUAUGCCCCCACAGAUCCAUGCACAGAUGAGGCAAUGAAAUGUGGAUUGGAACCUUUGCUGCCUAACACUGAGGAGGCUAGUGUAAAGAAACAUGAUCUUCCUCUAUUUCCAGAAAAUAUGAAUUCAGACGAUUUGAGGAAAAACCAAUUCACAUUCGAUCAAAAGGCGAAAUGGAAUUGUGACCUUUGUAAAAUUGUUGCCACCAAUGAAUAUUCACUAAAGGAGCACCUGCAGGGAAAGAAGCACAAGUCAAAGGAGGCUGGAAGUAAUAUGUUCUUAGUGGCAGUUACCAAACCUGAGCAAGAUAUAGAAGCCACAGAUUCAAGGAUGGACCAAGGAGUUAAUUUUACACUGAAACCUUUACUACAUAUGAAGACAGAGAAAACAUUCUUAAAUGAGUGUGAUCAAUCUCUGUUGCUGGAGAACAUGGACAAGGGUGAUUUGAAGAGAACUCAGAUUUCAUUUGAUCAAAGUGUAGAGAGUUCUCAAUUUAUUGCUACGAGCGGAAGAGCUCUUCAUGAGCACGUGGAGGGUACGGAACACAAAUCGAUGGAAGAAGGAAGAAGCUCUAGUAUUGGACCUUCUAUUAAAGCUCCUAAGUCUGUUCAGGUUGUAGGAACUGGCCAUCCGAGCACAGAGGAGAGAAUAAAAUUCACACCUAAACCAAUACUGCUUAAGAAGACUGGGGAGGUAAGCCUAGAGGAACAGAAAUUGCUUGUGUUGGAAAAUAACCUGAACAGGGAUGAUGCAGAGAAAAAUAAUUCCAUGUUAGUUCAAAAGGUAGAGUGGAGUUGCACUCUUUGCGAAGUUUUUACUCCCAAUGAACAAGAACUAAAUGAGCACUUGAAGGGAAAAAAACACAAGUUAAGGGAAGCUGCAGUAAUAGCUGGGGAGGCUGAAAACAACUGUUGCAUUGAAUUAUCCCCACUGGAAACUGCUAGUUUGGUCCAGGUUUCUGAAAGCAGAGAGAUGAGCAUGGCAGAGAGGAUGGAGUUUACAACCCAAUCUUUGUUGCUUAAGAAGACUGUGGAAGCAAAGUUGGAGUUUCCAUUGCAAGAGAAAUUGAGUUCCGGAGACUUAACAAAAAGUUCGUGUGCAUUAAGUCAAAAGUUGGAUUGGACUUGUUCCCUUUGCCAAAUUAGUGCUCCCAAUGAAAGAGCUCUAAAUGAGCAUCUCAAGGGAAAGAAACAUAAUUUAAAAGCGGCUAUAUUAAGAUGUGAGGAGAAUGAAAAAUACAAUGGUGUUGAACUUCCUACUAUGACCGUCACUAACUCUGUUAAUGUAGCAGGAAUAAGUGAUCUGAAUGAGGACAGUGCUGAAUUUUUUUCUGAAUCAUUUGAGAAGACUGUGGAACCAAGCUUGAAGGAACAGAGGUUGCCUCCAUUGCCAGACGACCUGAAAUUGGAGGAGCUGAAGAAACAUCAUUCUACAGUACCACAUAAGAUGGAGUGGAGUUGCGCCCUCUGCCAAAUUACUGCUCCCAACGAAAAAGCUUUGAAUGAUCAUCUGCAGGGAAAGAAACACAAGUUGAAGGAAGCUUCAUUAAUAGCUGAGGGGGCUGGGAGUAACUUUGGCAUGGAACUUCCCCCAAGUAUAGCCCCCAUUGAAGAAGCCUUAAAAGAGAACUUACAGGGAAAAAAGCACAAGCUGAAGGAGAUUGCAUUAAGAGUGGAAGAGACUGGAGACAAUUCCAGCAUUGACAUAUCCUCACAGGCAUCUGACUUGGUCCAGGGUGCUGAAACCGUAGAUAUAAGCAUGGAGGAAACAGAGAUGUCUACAAGUGAAUCCUGGCUGUUCAAGCAAACUGUGAGUUCAAACUUGAAGGAAAUGGAUAUGUUUCCAUUGCAAGAAAAACUGAUUUCAGGAGAUAUGGCAAAAAUUUCCUGUGCAUUAAAUCAAAUGUUGGAGCAGAGUUGUUCCCCUUGCCAAAUUGUUGCUCCCGAUCCAAGAGCUCUAAAUAAUCAUCUCAUGGGAAGGAAACAUGAUUUAAAGCUGGCAGUAUUAAGUGAGGUGUAUGGAAACCACUGUUGUGUUGAACUUCCUCCAGUGACUGUUAAGAACUCUGGUCAUACUGCUGGAACCAUUGAUCUGAAUGAGGCCAGGGAUAAACUUUUAUCUGAAACCAUCCUCUUUGAGAAGACUACAAAGUCUAGCUUGGGGGAGCAGAAUCAUCCUUCUUUGCUAGAUGACCAGAAAGUGGAGGAUUUAAUCAACUAUCAGUGUUCAUUCGAACCUAAGGUGGAGUGGAGUUGUGGCCUUUGCCAAAUUACUGCUACCAGUGAAAAGAAUCUGAAUGAUCAUCUGCAGGGGAAAAAACACAAGUUGAAGGAGACUGCCUUAAGAACUGAGGGUGCCAGGAAAUGCUCUGGCAUGGGACUUUCUCCAAGGACAGCUACUACUUGUUCUGCCAUGGAAACUGUAGAUCCAUGCACCUGUGGGGGAGUGAAGUUUACAGCUGAACCUGUACUGCCUAUAAAGACUGGUGAGGCAACCUCAAUGGAACAGGAUCUUCCUCAAUUUCCAGAGAAUAUGAAGUCAGAUGAUUUGAAGAAAAUUCAAUCAUCAUCAGAUCAAACAUUGAAGUGGAAUUGUCACCUUUGCAAAGUUGUUGCUCCCAAUGAAUGUGCUCUUAUUGAGCAUUGGCAGGGUAAGAAACAUAAGUUAAAGGAGGCUGGAGUGUCCUCAGUAACUGCUACCAAACCUCCAUUGCUUCUGAACAUGAAUACAGAUGUAAAGACAAAUCAAGUUACAUUAGCUCACCAUAUGGAGUGGAGUUGUUCCCCUUGCCAGGUUACAGCUCCCAACAAAAGGGUUCUCGAUGAGCCCAUGCAGGGGAAGAAACACAAUUUGAAGGAUCUUGAAGUUUCUAGUGGUGAACCAUUCCUUAUCACCGAUGCCAAGCCUGACCAUAUUGCAGGAAUGAUAAAUCCAAUCACAGAAGAGGGAAUAAAAUUGAAAGAUGACCCGUUACUGCUUAAGAAGAGUUUGGGGACAACCUUAGAGGAACCGGGCAUGCAUAUGUUGCAAGAAAACCUGGACUCAAAUGUUUUGAAGAAGGUGGAGUGGAGUUGUGGCCUUUGUGAAUUUGUAGCUAACAAUGAAAGAGCUCUUAAUGUGCACCUGCACGGAGAAAAGCACGGGUUGGGGGAGACUGCGACAAGCUGUAGCAUUGAAUCUUCAACUAUGGCUAUGAAUUCAGUCCAUGAUGCUGGAAGAAUAGAUGUAAUUAUGGAGGAGAGGGUGAAAUUUACAGGUGAGUCAUUGGUACUUCAGAAGACUGGGGAAGUGAACUCAAAAGAAAAGAAUAUGGCUCUGUUGCAAGGGAAAGUGAAUUCAGAUCCUUUGAUGAAAAACUUGUGUGCAUCAAGUCCUAAGUUGGAGUGGAAUUGUGUACUUUGUGGAAUUGUUGCUCCUAAUGAAAGAGCACUAGAUGAGCAUCAUAAAGGGAGAAAACACAAUUCGAAGGUGGCUGCAUUGAGAGCAGAGGGAGAUGGGAAAAACAGUAUCAUUGGACUUCCUGCAUCGACUGUAAGUAAUUCCAAUCAUGUUGUUAAACCCAUUGAUCUGGAUGGAAAGGAUGUUAAACCUUUGGUCUGUGAGAUUACUGGGGAGGCAAGGUUGAAAGAAAGGAGUCGACCUCCUUUGCAAUAUGACCUGAAACCUGAGAAUUCAAACAAUAAUCAACUUUCCCAAGUUACUGCUGAUGUUCGAGAUUUGAAUGAUCAGUUAUGUGGAAAGGAAAGCGAGUUAAAAAAGGAUGCAUUAAAUGAUAAGGCGACUGGAAAAAGCUAUAAAACUGUAUACAUCCCAGUGAAAGCAGCUAAGCCUGCUCAGGCUGACGGAUCCAUGGCGACAAGCACAGAUGUGGGAGUGCAACAUACUGACGAAACUUUGCUACUUAUGAACACCAAGCAGACAAGAUCAGCCUUGGCUCCAUUGUUGGACAAUUCGAAUUCAGAUGUUUUGAAGGAAAAACAGUCUCCAAUUUCAGUUGAAAAUGCAAAGUGGUGUUCUUCACUUUGCCAAACUAUUGCUCCCAAUGAACGAGUUCCAAAUGAGCGCCUGCAGGGAAUGAAGCACAAAUUGAAUGAGGCUGAUUCAAGUACUGCAGGAACUACAUAUUCACCAUUGAAAGAUGAAAUGGUAUCUGCAUCCAAAUCUUUACUAGAGAAUAUUGACAGUUUGCCUCCAUUGCAGGCAAAUCUGGACUCAGGUGAUUUGAAUCAACACAAGUCUUCAUUAGCUCACAAUGUAGAGUGGAGGUGUGCCCUUUGCCAAAUUACUGCGUCCAGCGAAAGAUCUCUGAAUGAGCAUCUUCAUGGAAAGAAACAUAAAUCAAGAGAAGCCGAAUUAGUAACUGAGGGUUCUGAAAAAAACCCAACUUCGAUGAGUGCUGCUAAGUCUGUGCAGGCUGUUGGAAUCAUGGAUCAGAGUGUGGAUAGGAGACCCUCGUUUUUAUCUGAUGGAUCUUUCCUGCCUAGGAAUAUUAGGGAUCCGGAGGAUCUGCCUCCAUGCGACGAUAACCAGAACUCUGAUGAUUUCAAUGAUGCAGCAUUUUCUCAAGAGAUGGAUUGGAGUUGUGCCCUUUGCCAAGUUCUUGCUCCCAAUGAAAAAGCUUUGAAUGAGCACAUGCAAGGAAAGAAACACAGGUUGAAGGACGAAUCAUUAAGAUCUAAGGGGGCUCGGAAAAUUUAUAUUAUCAAAUCUACGGGGAAGGUAGCUACUAAUUCUGUUGACGUUAAAUCAGUAGUGCCAAGCUCAGAGAAGGGAACAAAUUCUACAGUUAAACCUUUUCAGCCGAAGACAACCAGCGAAGCAAGAUCAAGGGGAUUGGAUGUGCAACCAUUUCCAGUUAGCCCAAAUUCAAACAACUUGAAUGAAAGUAAGUCUAUGGGGGCUCGGAAAAUUUAUGUAGUUAAGUCAACUGGGAAGGUAGCUACUAAUUCUGAUGAUGGAGGAGCAGUACAUCCAAGCGCAGAGAACGGAACAACCAUUACAGUUGAACGCUCUCAGCCUACGAUGACUAGCGAAGCAAGCUCAAGGGGAUUCGAUGUGCAACCAUUUCCAGUUAGCCCAAAUUCAAACAACUUGAAUGAAAGUAAGUCUACAGGGGCUCGGAAAAUUUAUGUAGCUAAGUCAACUGGGAAAGUAGCUGCUAAUUAUGACGAUGGAAGAUCAGUAGUUCCAAGCUCAGAGAAGGGAACAACCUUUACAGAUGAAUGUUCUCAGCCUAAGAUGAAUAGUGAAGCAAGCUCAAGGGGAUUGGAUGUGCAACCAUUUCUAGUUGGGCCAAAUUCAAACAACUUGAAUGAAAGUAAGUCUAUGGGGGCUCGGAAAAUGUAUGUAGUUAAGUCAACUGGGAAGGUAGCUACUAAUUCUGAUGAUGGAAGAUCAGUGGCUACAAGCUCGGAGAACGGAACAACUUUUACAGUUGAAUGUUCUCAGCCUAAGAUGACUAGUGAAGCAAGCUCAAAGGGACUGGAUGUGCAACCAUUUCCAGAUAGCCUAAAGACCUUGAAUGAAAAUGAGUCUGCAUUUGAUCCUAAUGUGCAGAAAAAUGUUAAUCCAAGACAAGAAAAGUAUACAUACUGGUGUGAGCUUUGCAAUGUAGGGACCUUGUGUGAGACAGCCAUGAGGGGUCAUGAAAAGGGGAAGAAACACAUCAAGCAGCUGUCUAAAAGUGACAGAAAAUGUGAGGCCAGUAAUCCCAAUCCAGAGGAGACAACCAUGGCUACAGAAUGUGUUGCUGAGUGUGGAAAGAACAUUACUUCAAAACAUAUUGGCAAGAUGCUCCAGGUAACAAGAUCCGAAGUUGAUGAUCUCAUGCCUGUGCCAGUGAAGGACACAGUGAGGUUGUAUGGAUCUAAGAGCAAGAAGAUGGUCUGGCAAAUGACUGGCCAGUGACUGGUAAUUGAAUAAAAUGGCAGCUUCCAGAAGAAUAUGAGAGAUCCCAAUUAUGACACGAUGUACAGCAAGAUUGUAUGAGAAGGUAAGUUCCUCAGAUGGAUCAUGUUAUGAUAAUCUGUUUUGUUUGAAAUCUGAUUUGUAACAAGAAGACAAUUUGGUGAAAAAAUUCUUACAAAUUCAAAGGGAAAAGUUGCAAUUAUAUACACGUACUCUAUUUUAAUGCCCAUAAAUUAGCAAUGAAAUUUACUAGAAUGCUAUCAAAUUGAUUGAGUUGAUAUGCAAUAUUGCAAUACACACACACACACACACGCAUAUAUAUAUGUAUAUAUAUAUAUAUAAAUAUUUCUUGGACAGCUUCUGAAGGUUACUUAUUGUAAUUGUGGAAUAGCUUUACUGCUAUUUUCUUGUACACACCUGGAGAAACCAUUCAUUGUUCAAAGUUUAUGUUUGAACAUUUCACAUUUAUUUAUAUUUACAUUUUUAUUUAUCUAUUAGUUAUAUUUGACAGCUUGGGUUUGUUUCCAUUGGUCCUUGUGUAUGGGCCACCAGAGCCCUCUUGGUAGCGCGCCCAAUAUUUGAAUAUUGGGGGUUAGCAACACCAAUGCCUUAGUAAAUACAUCCACUAUUUGCUUUCAAGAGCUUUUAAGAGAGUGUGAACAAAGUACAAAUCUUUUUAUUCAUCAGUACCUCUUGAAUGAAAUGACAAUCAACUUUGAUAUGUGUGAUGAAACUACGAACUAUUGGCCAUGUGCAUAUUUUGCUAAUUGUCACGAUACAUAUGACUGGUCUGUUCAUAUUUGUACCAUAUAUGGCUCUCCAAACAGAUCUUUUAGCUACAGGACUUCAACACUUGUUAGUGUCGUAGCCCAAUUGUAAGCUUCUGCACUAGUAUUUUAUCACAUGUUCUUUAGGCCAAAAAAUUGUUGGGAAGGAUUUUUUCUUCCUCCUCCUAAGUCUUUUUUCUGUAUAAACACAUAAAGAACUUAUAAUCUCUGCCAAACAGAAAGCUCCAAGUAAACAAUAAAUAUUUGAAUGUGUAACCUUAAAUCACCAUUUAUUCAUAACACUAUAUAUAAUGAAAUAUUGUAUUAUUUAGAUGCUACCUGAAUUUAAUCUAAACUUACAUUAGGUUUACCUACUUAGUCUUAAAGUCCCAUUCACAAUAAUUGUAAGGUGAGUGGAGACAAAGUUCAUUGGGAUGUGUAGAGUUAUCCAAAUCAUUGGGAAGUGUUAACUCCCAAUAUAUUUCCUACUCUUUUAAUAUGACCAUUUUAACAAGUCUGAGUUUGAAAAUAUAUUCAAAUAAUUUUUAAGUUGAGCAAGAUUUCA